AAAAAAAAAAAAAAAAAAAAAAUUUGCUCCUCCUCUUGUCAUCAAACUUGUCUCGUCUUCUUCGCCAGAUUCUUUCAAUCCAUUCCCUACCAAACAGUAGACUCAAAAUUCAGAAUCUUUCUUCGUAUUCCUCUUUCCUUCACUUUCUCAGCUACCAAACACAUUUUAUUCAUUUUUUAAUCCCAAAUUCCAAUCUCUUUCGUUCGUCUUCUACCUCCUCAGGUACUUUGCCGGCCCUGCUCAUCCCCUCUCUCUUUUGGAUUCUCUCUCUCACAUUUCUAGGAUUUAUUUAUGGAUGUUCUAUGAUCGAACCCUUUGAGUUUGAGAAUUCUAAAGCCAUGGAGUCUGUAGAUACUCGCGACGAGGAAGCUCCUCUCGUUGUCGGCGAUAACUCUGCGAUUCAAUCCCAGAACAAUCACACAAGAGAUGUUUACAUUCUGAGCUUCGCAUUCUUGUUCAUCUUUCUCGCUUAUGGCGCUGCUCAGAACUUGCAGAGUACUCUCAACACCGAGGAGGCUUUGGGUACAACUUCAUUGGGGAUUUUGUAUUUGUCAUUCACAUUUUUCUCUCUGGUGGCCUCUUGGGUAGUUCGGCUUCUGGGCUCCAAGAAUGCCCUGCUUCUUGGGACUACUGGUUAUUGGUUAUUCAUAGCUGCAAAUUUGAAGGCAACAUGGUACACAAUGGUUCCAGCUUCAUUGUAUCUUGGUUUUGCUGCUGCUAUAAUAUGGGUUGGCCAGGGGACGUAUCUAACUUCUACUGCCCGAAGUCAUGCAAGUGACUACAACUUGCACGAAGGAAGGGUUAUUGGUAACUUCAAUGGAGUAUUUUGGGGAAUGUUUGGUGGACACCAGCUUGUUGGAAAUCUUAUCUCACUUGCCCUACUUAGAGAUGGAGCUGAGGGAAGUACAAGCGGCACUACUUUAUUAUUUAUCGUAUUUCUUUGCAGUGCGACCUUAGGUAUCAUUCUUAUGUGCUUCCUACAAAGACGGGAUAGUAAAGGAGAGGCGGGCCCCCAAUAUUCUUCCAACACCUUAUAUGCUUCUGUGAUAUCUCUGUCAAAGUCCGUUAUCACUCCCUUGUUAAAUGUACGGAUGAUAUUGGUUAUUCCUCUUAUGGCAUAUUCAGGACUACAACAAGCAUUUGUGUGGUCUGAGUUCACUAAGUAUGUUGUAACCCCUGCACUGGGUGUGUCUGGUGUUGGUGGUACCAUGGCAGUUUAUGGGGCGUGUGAUGCAAUAUGUUCGCUGGCUGCUGGUCGACUGACCUCUGGUCUCAAGUCCAUCACUUUGAUAGUUUCGGUUGGUGCUUUCAUCCAGGCUAUCAUAUUCCUCUGGCUUAUCCUAAAUUACAGUGGAACCAGUGGAGUACUUGGCAUUUUAUACCUGAUCCUGAUGGCAGCUCUUUUGGGCAUUGGUGAUGGAAUAUUUAUGACACAACUUAAUGCCUUACUCGGGAUACUCUUCAAGAGUGACACGGAAGGAGCGUUCGCGCAGCUCAAGGUGUGGCAGAGUGCUUCUAUUGCAGUUCUGUUUUUUCUAAGUCCGUACAUCUCAUUGCAGGCAAUGCUUUUGAUUAUGCUUGUUGCAAUACUUGUCGCAUAUGGUGGGUUUCUUGUUCUAACUCUUCUGGUGGAGAAGGCAUUUUUCUCAGCAAGUCUGUAAGCCUUAAGCACAAAAGCAAAUUUGGAAAAAAAAAAAAAAAAUUUGAAAAAAAAAAAAAAAAAAAAAAAAAAAAAAACUAUUAGCUGAUAUUGCAGUGUUGCUGCAGCGCGUGAGUCUUCCUCUUGUACAUCUGGUUCUCGUCAUACAAGCUGAUUGUGCAGUAUUGCCUGCAAGUCUCGGUUCUUGUCAUUUUUUCUUCUACUUGAAAGCAGAAUCAGAAAUUCUCAGAAGAAUUUCAGUAGGGUUAUUUUUCUGAUAGGCGUUUUCCGGUGCAUGUAAGAGUGGCUGUUCACAUAAGAAUUCCAAAAAAACACUGUAAGCUGAUGUUGCAUUGUCGCAGUUGCCUGUAAGUAUUCCAUUUGUACUUUUGGCUCAUUUGUUCUACCACUUCUAAGCGAAAUCAGCCUAGCUGUUUUGUGUUU